AUGUCCAAGCCUCGCCUUGUAACCGGUAUUACCGCGACCGGAAAAAUAACUUUGGGAAAUUACAUCGGUGCGAUUAAACAGUUAGUUGCUCUGCAAGAUCGUUACGAUUUGUUUAUUUUUGUGGCCGAUUUACACGCUUUGACGAUCGAAAUUGAUCCGGAAACUUUGUCAUUAAACCGCCAACAAACCGCGGCUCUUUAUUUGUCUUGCGGUCUUGACCCUGAGAAGGUGACUUUGUUUUACCAGUCUGACGUGCCGGCCCACAGUCAACUCGCUUGGAUUAUGCAAAAUAUCGUCACGGUGGGCGAGUUAUCCCGGAUGACCCAGUUCAAAGAUAAAGGCCAAAAACAAGCUAAUCAGACGACGCAAAUUCGGGGCGGACUUUUGACUUACCCGACUUUGAUGGCCGCCGACAUUCUUCUUUACAAUCCUAAGUUGGUGCCCGUCGGAUCCGACCAGUUGCAACACCUUGAGUUGACGGCUCACUUAGCGCAGCGCUUUAACAAUAAGUACGGACCAACUUUUCAAGUGCCCGAGCCGCUUCUGCCGGCCGUCGGAGCCAAAAUUAUGUCGCUCAGCGAUCCGACUAAGAAAAUGUCCAAAUCGGAUCCCAACCCGAAAAGUUUGAUCGCUCUGCUUGACGAUCCCGAGUUGGCGGCUCAGAAAAUUUUGCGUUCAAAAACCGACUCAGAAAACAAAGUUUACUUAGACGACAAAAAACCGGGUAUUAAAAACUUGCUAACCAUUUACGCCGCUCUGACUAACCAAAGUCUCAAGACAGUCAGUCAAAUUUUCGCCGGAGAAAACAGCUAUUUACCGCUUAAGCAAGCUCUGGCUCACGAAGUUAAGCAGUGUUUGACGUUAAUCCAAAAUCGUUACCAACACUAUUUAGACCAAGUUGAUCAGAUCGUGCAAAAAGGCGCUCGCCGUGCUAACCAAGUAGCCGACAAACAGUAUCAAUUAGUUGCUCAGAAAAUCGGUUUAAACUAACUAGAGUCAACGCUAGCAGUGUUAAA